UCACAGUUCAGCAAAUCGGUGGAAAAGCAAAAAGGCAAUCGAAGGUACGGCAAGCGUUAGUCUAUUUAGACUCCUCAAGGUAGCAACAUGUCUACUGCCCUUGUCUCCGCGUUUUAUGACGUGAACGACGUGUUAUACAAGAAUAACAGAAAUCUCGGCUUGGCGUUUGAGCAAAGACCACGAAGCGAACGAAAGCCACUUCCUAUAGGCCAGCCGCGAAGACAUUCGACUUCUGUUUCAAGCUCUCGCUCCUCGCCAAAUCUGAUCACGUUGACAGGUUCCCCAAACAAACGAGAGCGCUCAUUGAGUUUGAGUGCCGAUGAGGAGCGAAGACGAACCAGUUCAAACUCCAGCCGGUACAAGACCGAACUUUGUCGCCCUUUCGAAGAAAACGGCACUUGUAAGUAUGGAGACAAAUGCCAAUUCGCUCACGGUGUUCACGAACUGCGCUCGCUUAGUCGCCACCCUAAAUACAAAACUGAAUUGUGCCGUACAUUUCACACGAUCGGGUUCUGUCCUUAUGGGCCGCGAUGCCACUUCAUUCAUAAUGCUGAAGAACGAAGGGCUGCACAGAUGAUGAAUGGUGCCCGAAUGUCUCCGCCAUCACCACUCAUCGGACCACCUUCGCCGCCGCUGACAGAGCCAAGCUCGCCAUUACCUACUUCUCUAACUCCUCCUUCUCCUUCUCCGCUCUCCUUUUAUCACGACGACAGCCCAUUGGGAAGUCCCAUUAACAGCCCCUUAGCGAUUCCUUCUCCCGCUUCAAACAACGUCUUUACCUUCCCACCUAAAGCUCAGGAUUUCUCGCCUGUUCUUUCCCCGACCAUGGCUAGCCCUCCAGGAGUUUUUUCGCCCGGGUUAGAGCUCAACGAAGAAGAUGAUUUGGACGAAGAUGAUGAAAAUCUUCCCCCGACGCCGCCAGACUCGUAUGAUUUGGCCAGCCGAAGGCGCUUGCCUGUGUUCAACAGAAUGUCCGUGCCGGAAUGAGGUUGUAAAAAUUGGCUUUUAGUAGUUUCACGUUUGUACACAAGAUUUGUAAUUUAACAUUUAAAGACUGAUCAAGUCAACAAAACGCUGGAGAAUCAGUUAUUAUUUUCACGUCAAAAUAGGGCACACAAGAAUAUACAUAUAUAUAUAUAUAUAUUAUUAUACAAUUAACCAUAUUUUUAUGAUCGGGACUAAAGCACAGAUUUAUAUGCAUCAAGCAGUUUCUAUAGGUCCUAUAGCUUAUUUAUCGACGGAAACAAAAAGAAAAUUAUCGACGGAAUUGCUAGUGUGAAACACAAAAUUCCUAAGUGUAAGUUUUUCGUACACGUUUUAUAUUUGGUCAAUAAUUGCCACUGUAUAUUGUAAAGCCUGUGAAUAAUGGAAGCUAAAAUUAUAUUGUCGACGUUUUUUUUUUUCUCUUUUACCUCUUUCAAUUCCUAUCUAUUUAAUAUAUUAUUUAUUUAACUUAUAAUAUCAAGCGAUAAGUUGCUAUUUUGUUACCGAAUUUUGAAUCAAAAUCCAUAAUUUUUGUUACGGUUAGGUAGAAGAUGACAGAAGUAAUUUCUUAAUAUAUAGCCUAUUUACAUGGUCGUAAUUUAAACGUAGAUAAUUUAUAAUCGACUUGCAUAUUUGGGAGUGUUAUGUGCACGUCUGAUUCAAAACCGAAGUUGUUUUUGAGAAUAGGAACGGUUUUUUGGAAAGCGAUUCAAUAAAGGUUCCUCUAAAUUUUGUAAAUAA